UAAUCUAUACCGGCUCUUUUUCUAGCUUCUUUUUCCUCUUCAGAUUGACUCUGUGAUAAAGAUGACCAAAGCAGGGCUAAUACUGUCUUGCUUGUCUCAUUAAACGAGUAGAUAUCGCUACUCGCUCGUCAACCUUAUCGUGGUCGUUGAAGCAUCGCUUUCCCUUUUUCUACUCUACACCAGCACGAUGAGUUACUUCUACACAAUUGCUGUAAACCAAUUGAAGAUAACUAGCAAUCCGUCACCGGAAGACCUUCAGUUCAACUUGCUAGGAAUCGAAUCUGCCGCAGCAUUGAAAUAUUUGGUGGUAGGGACAAGUGACUGCACCCAACAUCAACAAGAUGGCCAUUUGACGAUCGAUAUCGAUGCUCUUCAACAAGAUCACCCGUGCCUCAUCGAUGCUAUCCGUCGUGGCUACCUCCAAAAUCCAGCGCCACCUGGCACUCCGCUCAAUCUCGAUCACCCAGAUGUCGUGGACCCGUCAGCAAUUCAGUCAAAAGUCAUCCUGCCGUUGCUGCAAAACAAGACGGGAGGUUUCUUCAUAGAGUGCGGAGCGGCUGACGGAGAAAGCAGUUCAAACACCCUCUACAUGGAACGAUACCUCGAUUGGCAAGGCGUUUUGAUUGAAGCUGAUCGGAAAUUUUACGAUCGACUCUUGACUCGGAAGAGGAAAUCAUACGCCCUCCACGUUUGCCUGAGUCUCAAACCCCACCCAACAACCGUAAUAUAUAAUAACUGUAGAGUUAUAUACAAUAUUACAUCUGCUGAGGCUAUAAAAUAUCUUUAUAUAAUAUAG